CUUGACUGUAACAGCCGGAUUUGUUUACUGGUGACACCUCGCGAACAGCUGUUGGCUGAGGACGCUCUACAGGCUCCUUUGUCGCCAACUCAACGUGUAUUAAAUCCCAUCUCCGGUUCCCAGGGUUUUCGGGUUUUACCGGCCCCCAGGUUGACAUGGAGCCCGCCUGCCGUAAAGACAAGCCCAAGCUGAACUCCACCCCGACCAGAGGAGACCGAGCCAGACACAAGUCUGCACAGCAAGAGCACAAACAGCGACAGAGAGCAGAGAUUUAUGCCUUGAACAAGGUGAUGACAGAGUUGGAACAGCAGCAGUUUGAGGCCUUUUGUAAACAGAUGCAGGCACAAGGAGAAUGAUGAGACCUGCCCUCCUGCUGCAUCUGGACCAGGACCCUGCAAAAGCAGCAUGGACGCACACAAUUACCUUCACACAGUCUGACUGGUGUGGUUUCUACAGACGUUUAAUAAGACAAUCAGUGUUCUUGGCGGUUAGCGAGCAGCCCGGAACAAACUGAGCUGGACCCGGAACUCCAGAGAUCAAUAAUCCUGACACGGACAACUGAAGAUAAAAAGUAUUGUUACAAAGACAUGGGUGUUAGCUCAUGUAAUCGGGUUGUUUGAGGACAUCAAAAAGGACUUAAAUGGACGGUAAAUGCAGUACAUCUCAAAUCUAUUUGGAUCUUAGCUCAUCGCAUUCAGUGCCUGUAUUUCAACCAAUUCACCAAAGGUCCAAAUUCAAACACAGGAACCACAAUGUGUGUAAAAAUGUUACUAUAAAACUCAAACUACAGAAAUAAGACGAUGUAAUCUGUAGGAUAUAUGUUCCAUCCAUGACACCAUUUAAGCAGAGAUUACACAUCAUGGGGAGUAAACAUUUAACGUUUUCACAGUGUUUACUAUUAUAUUUGUUUUACAUUUGAAUGUGAUGUCAAAGAAAUUAGAGAACAGCGAAAAAAGUGGUUACUGUGUAACAAAGUAAUAUCUAAACAGGAUGUAUAGUCUGGCAUACAUGGAUGCAUGGCUCUUUGCUAUGAAUAAAACGUGUCUGGCUCUUUGAGAGGGAGUAAUUUCUAUUCUUUUGGAUGGAAGAAACACAUAAAAAGGUUAGAGGUGAACACUUGUUUCAGGGCUGUUGUAUUACAUCACACUGCAUUAGCUUUAUAAAGGUUGCAUAGUAAGUAAAGAGGAGGUUGGAUACAGUAACCAUAAUUACUCAGUUAAUAUUUAAAUUGAUUCCAAUAAUCAGUGUAAUAGCCCUCAUGAUGUACCUGAACCUCCCU